AGCGCUUGGAAUUUUUGGCCAAACACAGGUGGUGCUGUGAGGUGGUGGGUCCCUGCAGCCACGUGUGACGUCACAUGACAUCACAGUGGGAUACCCACAGCACAGCAAAACAUUCUGUGCCCACUUUGGUAACUGGCCACAUUGCCCAGGGAGGCCUGGACAACGCCGGGGCUGCUCUUGCCAGCACUCUGAUCCGCAGGAGCUGCCCAGCUGCACCGAGGAGGCGAGGGGAGGCUGCGGGAGAGCGUGGCAGAGUGACACGCAGUGAAGUGCUGAGGAGAGAAGCCCAGCAGUUCUGCAGCAGGAACAGCACCUCUUGCCCAGCUGCUGCCGAGCAGGGGGGGCAAGGAUGAUGAAGUAUCUGCUCUUUAAAGACUUGGGGCCUGAUGACCUCCCAACCCUGAAGCAGCUGACCACCAAUGAAAUCUGCAAGAUAUGGGCUGGCACAUCUAAGUACAUCCGGAAACAGCUCUUAGAGAAGAAGGCAGUGGAUAUCGGAAUUGGAACAUUUGCACUUGUCCUCGUGCAUGCCAGGGUGGGAGAGGACAAGGUUUUGCCUGUUGAGAGACCUGUGUUCCAGCUGUGCCGGUUUAUGAAGAUGUUUUACAAGCUGAAGUGUGCAAAGACCAAAAUUCCUAAAGAGACACCAUUCGUUCAGCUGGACUUCAAGCAGAUUGGGGCAGACACGCGCUUCCGCCCAGGAAUCGUGGAGCAGUGCAUACACGAGACCCUGCUUUUCUUUGCUGGGGCCAUCCGAGACAAGAGGGAGGUGGAGUUCUCCUUCAGGAGCAUUGGCAUCCUUGCUGUGCGAAGAAGUGUGGUCAGCAUGACCUUCUUUGAGGACUGCUUGCUGGAGCUGGAUGCCACAGGGAACAUGGAGGCAGCUCUUCUCGGGAACCCCAAGAUGAUGAAGAUAGUGGCCUUUGCUGGCAAAAACAAUUACAGCCGGGUCAGUCAAGACGGGGUCAUCGUGCUGCCAAGGUGAGCAGAACGGCUUCUGCAGU